CGCUAGGGGGACCUAGAGAGGUGCCUGGAGGCAGAUCGAAAGACCUAAGCCCCACGGGUGGAAGCCCUGCAGCCGGGGAGGAAUCCACAGGGAAGAAGGGGAAGGAAAAACAGGACGUUGGGUUUGGGAAAAAAAAGGAGAUUAGGAAUGUGGUGCUCCUGGAUGGGGCAUCCAUUCCGUUAAAAAGCUAGAGUAAGAGGAGUGUAGGAGACUGUAUUAUGGACCAAGAGGGAUUUCCUCCCCCACCACCUGAAGUUCUAGAAAAUGAAUUAAAAAACGGUGUCUCUAAUGAGGAGGAGGAAGAGGGAGAACAGUGUGACUUUGACAGCAGAGAUGAAAUUCCAGAAGCAGACAGACAAAGCGUCGAGCUACCUAUUGCUGCCCCUAAGUCACUGGAAGUAAAUGAAGAAAGUGCAAGUACAGGAGAUGAAAUCAGACCUGGAACGGAGAGGACACAAGGAGCUGAGACCAGUAGAGCGGUGUUCCCGGCCAAAGUCAAUCCAUACUCAGUCAUAGAUAUCACCCCAAUCCAAGAGAUGGAGCAGGCGUUAUCACCAGAAUCAAAUGCUCAGGGUGAAAGUCCAAGCCCAACGGUACCAAGCGGGUAUUCCGUCCCUGUGCCUUGCGGCUACGCGGUGCCGUCCAACUUACCCUUGAUACUGCCGGCGUACACCAGCCCUGUGAUCAUCCGCAACGUCUCUGUGGACGAAGAAGGGGGAACACAGGAGGUUACUGAAGAUGGUCAUUGUAAUUAUUUAAAUUCUGAUGAUCCACAGAACAGUGAAGAUCGGGUCAAUAAAGAAGACAGUGCUCUGGCCAAAUGGGUUGCAGAUCCUGCCAAUACAGCAUGGAUGGAGAACCCAGAGGAAGUUAUAUAUGAUGAUGUUCCAAGAGAAAAUUCUGACUCAGAACCAGAGGAAAUGAUUUAUGAUGAUGUUGAGAAUGGCGAAGGAGGAGGAAAUAGCUCUUUGGAAUAUGGGUGGAGCUCAAGUGAGUUUGAGAGCUAUGAAGAACAAAGCGACUCGGAAUGUAAAACUGGAAUUCCCAGCUCCUUUUUGCGUGGUAGCCACAAAAAACAACUUUCCCAUGACCUAAACCGUUUAAAGGAGCACUAUGAAAAAAAGAUGAAAGAUUUGAUGGCAACCACUGUGGGAGCAGUAGAAAUUCAGCAGCUAAAGCAAAAACAUGAGCUGAAGAUGCAAAAACUUAUGCAGGCUGCCAGAGAGGGCACUAAAGAUGGGCUGGAAAAGACCAAAGCUGCUGUGAAGAAAGGCCGCUCAUUCAUAAGGACCAAAUCUUUCAUUUCUCAGGAUCACAGAUCUUGCCUUGAAGAAGAGGAGCUGAAUUUAUUUAUUGAUGUUGACUAUACGCAAACAGAAGCCAUCAUGACCCCUAUGCCUGAGGGAUUAUCCCAACAACAAGUUGUGAGGAGAUACAUUCUCGGUUCGGUCGUUGAAAGCGAGAAGAAUUAUGUAGAGGGUCUCAAAAGGAUUUUAGAGCAAUAUGAGAAGCCACUCUCUGAGAUGGAACCAAAGGUACUGAGUGAGAGAAAACUCAAAAUGGUCUUUUAUCGAAUUAAAGAAAUUCUUCAGUGCCAUUCGAUGUUCCAGAUAGCCCUGGCCAGUCGGGUGUCUGAGUGGGAUGCCGUCGAAAUGAUUGGGGAUGUCUUCGUCGCUUCGUUUUCUAAAUCCAUGGUCUUGGAUGCUUACAGUGAAUAUGUGAAUAACUUUAGCACCGCCGUGGGGAUUCUGAAAAAAACAUGUGCUACGAAACCUCAUUUUCUUGACUUUUUAAAGCAAUGCCAAGAAUCAAGUCCUGAUCGAAUUACACUCUAUAGUUUGAUGAUGAAACCAAUUCAGCGUUUUCCACAGUUUAUUCUUCUGCUGCAGGACAUGCUGAAGAAUACAAGUAAAGGGCACCCUGACCGUUUGCCUUUACAGAUGGCUCUUACAGAGCUUGAAACACUAGCAGAGAAGUUAAAUGAACGGAAAAGAGAUGCGGACCAGCGAUGUGAAAUUAAGCAAAUAGCAAAAGCCAUUAAUGAAAGAUAUCUGAAUAAGCUGCUCAGCAGUGGAAACCGAUACUUCGUUCGAUCCGACGAUAUGAUAGAAACAGUUUACAAUGACAAAGGGGAGAUUGUCAAAACCAAAGAACGUCGGCUCUUCAUGUUAAACGACGUAUUAAUGUGUGCCACCCUUAGCCCCCGCACUUUACCUGAAAGUGGUACUACCGUAUCAGCUAGCCAAAGAUAUUUAUUAAAAUGGAGUGUUCCUCUUGGACACGUCAAAGUCAUAGAAUAUGGGAGUAGUGAGGGCCAAGGAGAGAACAACCAAUACCCACCUCUGUAUUCCGCCGAAAGCUUUGCUACUGUUGCUAAUGUGAAGCCAAACAAACUGUACAUGGGGCCCGGGCAGCUGUAUCAGGAUUUACAGAACCUGGUACACGAUUUGAAUGUAGUUGGUCAAAUCAGUCAACUGAUCGGAAACCUUAAAGGAAACUAUCAGAACCUAAAUCAAUCAGUGGCCCAUGACUGGGCUUCAGGUUUACAGAAACUUAUCUCAAAAAAAGAGGAUGAAAUCAGAGCUGCCGACUGCUGUAGGAUUCAGCUGCAGCUCCCAGGGAAGCAAGAUAAGUCUGGACGACCAACUUUCUUUCCAGCUGUGUUUAAUACAUUCACCCAUGCCAUCAAACAGUCAUGGAUCAACACUUUGCAGAUGGCUAAACUUGCCCUUGAAGACGAGAACCAGAUGGGCUGGUUCUGUGUAGAAGAUGAUGGGAAUCAAAUAAAAAAAGAGAAGCACCCUCUUCUUGUUAGACAUAUGCCAGUCAUGUUGGCUAAGCAGCAAGAGUUUAAGAUUGAAUGUGCUGCUUAUAAUCCUGAACCAUACGUUGGUAAUGAAAAUGAGCCUGAGUCCUUUUCCAUGGAACAUGGCUUCCUCUGGAUUGGCAGCUGUACUAAUCAAAUGGGCCAGGUUGCGAUCGUUUCAUUUCACAAUUCCAGCCCGAAAAUUAUUGAGUGCUUCAAUGUGGAGUCACGUAUUCUCUGCAUGGUCUACAUCCCAGAGGAUGAGAAACGGAGAGCUGUAAAUGCAGUUCCUGACUCAGAAACUGAAGUUGCGAAAGCUUCCGCUGUGCCUACUAUCUGCUUGGGAACAGAAGAAGGAAGCAUUUCCAUUUACAAGAGUUGUCAAGGCUCAAAGAAGGUGAGACUUCAACACUUUUUCACACCUGAAAAAUCAACUGUCAUGAGUCUGAGUUGCUCAUCCCAGUAUUUGUAUGCCGGUCUCGUUAACGGGAAUGUUGCCAUCUACACAAAAGCAGAAGAUGGUUCCUGGAACUCUGAGCCUCAAAAAGUGGUAAAAUUAGGGGUUCUUCCAGUUAGAAGUCUACUAAAGAUGGAAGAUACCAUUUGGGCAGCUUCUGGUGGACAAGUUUUUAUAAUCAGUAUUGAGACCCAUUCUAUUGAGAGGCGUCUAGAAGCCCACCAUGAAGAAGGGAUGGUCAUCUCACAUAUGGCCGUGGCGGGAGUCGGGAUCUGGAUUGCUUUUACAACAGGAUCUGCGCUUCGUCUGUUUCACACAGAGACGCUUAAACAUCUCCAGGAUAUCAACGUAUCCACACCUAUCCAUCAUAUGUUGUCAGGGCAACAACGUGUGUCUGUGACCAGUCUACUCGUAUGCCAUGGCUUAUUAUUGGUCGGGACAAAUCUCGGAAUAAUCGUAGCACUUCCAGUUCCUCGUUUGCAAGGAAUUCCAAAAGUGACCGGAAGAGGAAUGGUAUCAUACCACGCGCAUAAUGGCCCAGUCAAAUUCCUGGUAAUGGCUUCAGCUUCGACCAGAAAAACCAAAGAUAAAUCCAGGAACAGCUUGCCUCCAAGUGAGGAACCUCAGGAAGAAGAUCGAAGGGACAGCCUCGUGAACGAGGGAUCGAUUCCUUGCCCGAGUCAGAACACCGACAGCGCCGUGUGGUUAGGGGAGUCGGUGGGGUCCAUCAUCCCAAAGAGCGAUUUGUCCUCGUCUUCCGGAUCUCUCACCCUCUCGCACGGGUCCAAUUCCCUAGAGCACGGCCCGGAAGACAGUGCCAUCUACGAGCUACUGAAAGACCCAAACAUCUCGCUCGCUAAGGGUAGCAAACAGAGAUAUAAGAAAACAAGGCCAGGUUCCAUAUUGGUCAUCUGUGGCGGACAGGGACACAGAAGAGUAAACAAGAAGGUCAAGCAACAGCGGCAGGAUGAACUGGUUUCUUCAGUUAUGGUUUGGCAGAUCCCAGUCUUAAAUAUAUAAGUGAUGAAGGAAGGCACCAGAGAGGGAAUGAAGAUGGCUAUCUAGAAAGUUUUUUUUUUUUUCCCCUGUCGCGCCAUAUAACGUGAGUGCAAAAGUUACACCUGUGCUGGUGGAAACAGAAUACAGUUACCUGGGAGGUGGGGGGAGAAGGAGAUGUGCAAUAUUGUCUUGGCAGGUAUUCUGCCGGAACACUUUUUUUUUCAUUUUUGAGAGCAAAAUUCAGAGAAUGAGUUCUAGGAAACAAAGUGUAAAGUUAAAGCGAUUUCCAAACGUUUUGAAAAAGGCAAGGGAAAUAUCGUGCUUUUUUUUUAUAAGCUGGUGUAGUUUAGACCCUAAACUUGCUAAGAUACUUCAUCAGUUGAAAAGAUGGUGCAAUUGAAAUGAUGGUGUAAUAUAAUCUUCCUACAGGAUCAUCCAAGUAAGGAGUUUCAAUCAUUACAAACUCAUUCUUCAAAAUAUAACCAGAAUACAUUCCAUUAAUAACACCAAAGGCAUUCCUACGUGAUUCUGAUUCACAUCUAUAUUAUACACUACUUUUUUUAUUUUAGUCCUGCUCAAAAGCUAUUGGGAACGGUGAGGAAUGCCCUCUAUCCCCACACUUGUUUUUGUGAAUUAGUGAUUUUAUUUCCAAAUUACUCCAAAGCAAAUUCUCCCUAUUUUCACAAAACAGUAUUUUUCUAUGGCAUUUUUCAGUAAAAUGUUAUGUUCCAGUUAGUGAACCCAUACGUUGGUCAACCAAAAUAUUCAAGACCUAGACUAGAACCCCAACAAUAAAAAAGCCACUGCUUCUAAUAUUAAGUAUCAUCUAAUAACCCUUUUGAAAAAUCUGUUUGCUGCAGUAUAAAGGACACUGUAACUUGCCAUUUUCCCUGGCUUUCUCUAGUGCAGGAGUCUGGCUCGUGCUGAUUUUUAGACCAAUUUAAAAUGCUGUGCUACUUUAAAAAAAAAAUGCAAGCUACAUGCACAUUUGAAAACUUCUUGGUGCUAGCCCUCUUUGUGCAUUCCAUUGCUGGCAAUGGGAGGUGGGCCAAGAAAAACUGACUCCCAGAUCGACACCAUUACAUGCGUAUUUAUUAGACACAAUACCUUCAGCUGUAUCUGUAAACAUAGAGCCAACUAGAAGAACAGAAGAAACUCCUUGAGUUUCAGUAAGGUCAAGUCUAUGUUUAUGUCAAAAGAAAGGCAUUUGACAGAUAUGGGCUUCCCUAUGAAAUAUUGCACUUUAAAAGACAAUUGAAAAACUCGCGUGAUGUCUACGGAAAUAUUUUCUGAGGCGCAUUCACACACCAUAAGAAAAUGAUGUCAUUAUCCCUUUUAAGCUUUCUAAAACUUUAGCUGCUCUCUGCUUUGAUCAAUAAAAUGUUUUUUUUACUUAGAAACAAGCAUUAUGGGUGACCUUUUUUCUGUGAAAUGCAAAGGGAGCUUUGUUCGCCUUUAGUUGAGAUUGCCAGCAUUUGGAUAAAGGGGCACUGACAUCUUCCUGAUUUUAAAGGCUCAGACCAAUAUAACAUAUUAUGAUGACUCUUAUGGUUAUUAUUAUAAUCAUCACAAUGUGAUUAGAAGUAAUAUUUCAAGUAAAGAGACUGAGGAAAAUUGAGACAAAUUUUAUGUCUAACUCUUGUGGGUAAUUCCAACAGACACAAUAAAUUAAUAUCAUUUGGAGCAGUAAAUAUUAAAAAAGCUACAUUUUCCUAAUGAAGUGAAAUUUGUUUAAAAAAAUAAAGCUUUUUUUGCAUGGCAUAAAUACAGUGUUUCAAUCCAGAUUUGACUUUACCCAUGAGUAUUAAACUGUGACUUUAACCAUGA